AAGCACAAAACAAGAUGGCUGCGUACAUGGACAUCUUUUUGUAGUUGUACUCAACGUAAACUUCAAAACUGCUUAUCAAACUACUGUUAACAGAGAAAUGGCAGAUGAUAAGAAAUUUACGGUGUUAACACCUAGUUCAGUGAAGAUGGUGGGAGAAUCCGCUGGCAUAAGCGGCCUUUCUGACGAGAUUGCUAGUAUGAUUGCUGAAGAUGUUUGCUACAGGUUACGGGAAGUCACUCAAGCUAGCACUCAAUUCAUGAAGCAUGCAAAGCGCAAACGUCUGAAUGCUGAGGAUUUUAACAAGGCUUUAAGAUGGAGUGAUGUUGAGCCCAUCCACGGCUAUGGAGCCCGUGACCCUCUGAACUUCAUACCUGUCAAAGACUCUGAGCUGUUCUUUUCUGAAGACCGGGAGAUCAACUUAAUUGAUCUUGCAAUGGAUGGAAAGAUCCCGUCUGCCCCUGGAACAACAUCAGUCAAAGCUUCUUGGGUUGCAAUCGAAGGUAUACAAAAGUCAUCGGGAGCCCAGGCUGGAACAGGGGUUACCCACAAGUUUCAGUCGCUGUCACAAGAUUUCCAGCAGUAUUACAAAGACGUCACCAAAGCCAUCUUAGAAUCAGACAAGCAGCAGGCAGAGCUAUGUCUGAGCGAUCUUCGUAAGAACACUAAAGUGUCCGGUUUGUUGCCCUACCUGGUCAACUUUGUGUCCUGCGGAGUGAAGAUGGUCAGCCAUGACCUGUGUCAGUUGAUGAGGCUGAUGCACCUUGUGGAUGCCUUGAUACAUAACCAGGCGCUGUUCCUAGGCCCUUACUUGGUGAAUUUGAUCUCGACGGUGAAGUACUGUAUCUUGGAGCCCUUGGCUGUCUCUAUCAAUCCACUCAAUGACCACUGGGCGCUGAGAGACUACGCAGCAAGGCUACUCUCACAAAUACUCAGAUCAUCCAAAGAGAUCAUGGGUAGAUUUGAGCAUCAGCUCUUGGCCGCAUUGAAGGAGGUCUUGAGCGACCCAGCCAGGCCACUCUGCUCUCAUUACGGUGCUGUUGUUGGGCUCUGUGCACUCGGAACUAGGGCUGUUGAGGAGGUUCUAGUCAGUCAGCUGUCCAGCUAUUGGCCGAUCCUUCAGCAAGUCCUAGAAGAUACUUCCAUCUCUAACUCACAAGUCAAGGUGGAUGGACACAAAGUACACGGAGCCAUUCUGGCUGCUGCUGAGAUGCUCCUCAAGACAAAACAGGAUCAGUCGGUUGAUGAGGAGUCUGUGACACCAAGCCAAGAGCAGUCACCCAAUGCCAGCCCGGAUCACCAGGCAGAGUUUGCCUUUGGUACGGCCAGCCAUCUCAUGCAUCUCAGCGGCAGUGGGAUUUCAGGCAGCGCCGCUGCAGACCCCGUCCGGAAACCCAAGAGAUGCUCCAUCUCGGAGACCUACAGCCAUCUCUACGAGUAUCUUGGAGACAGCCUGACUCUCCGACUGCAUCCAAAAGGAGAACCUAGCAAGCAGACGCUGGAACCUCCUAAAGAUAUCGACCUGAUGCAGCUCUUGAACACUGAACACCAGAGCAGCCAGCAUUACCGAGGUAACUAUCAGGGAGGGUUGCUGAACCUGACCAGACGGAAAUAUCCUAACAGACCUCGUUUGUUAUCAGGAGGAACUGGAAGGGAGGGUCUCCGCCCGCGGCACGCCAAGACCCCAAAGAAGAUCCGCGGCAGGGCUGCCAGUCUCAAGGAUGCCUUCCCGCUGGCUAAAACAAUCAAGAUACACAAAUCAGACUUCAAAACCCAACUGAGCAUCCCGGGAAGAUUAGUGAGCUUGAAAACCAAAACAGGAACUUCAGAGGAAAGCAGCGCCGUGCCUGCUUGGUUGAAGACAAACUCGGACGUCUGGAAGAUUAACAUGAGGAUGCCAGUGUUUGGGAAGAGGAGGAUUCAUUCAACUGAACCUUCCGAAGACAUUCAGUCCAGUUCUAAUCAGAGGACAGUGUGUGACCUUAAUGCCCUCUUUUAAUCCAAGUGCUCUUUUUUUUUUUUACACUGUUGAAUUCAACAAAAUCCUCCGAUUUUGAAAAUAACAGUAUUGCAAAAAGUUGGAAUCGCUGCCUUUAAAUAUCUCGUGCACAGUCAUCUUCAUACAUCUACUUAGCAAGAUGAUUUAAUCUUUGAAUAUCUUAUUCAUGAAAGUAAAAUGGUUCUUUUCCCGUUAUUUAAAGUGUUUCACAUCAAGCAGAAGUGGUAUUCAUGAAAGAAAAAUCCUUUCAGGUUAUUUUCCUUAUCAUGGUACAGUGGAAUGUCGCUAUACCGAACACCUCUAUACAGAACAUUCGGCUAUACCGAACAUCAUCCUUGGCUCCCGAUUUUUGUGUACAAAACCAACCGAACAUUGUUGUUGAAAACCGUCA